AAGAAAAGAAAUAUGUUUACAAUAUUCCCUGUUAUUGUACCUUUAUCGUUUGAAAAGAAACAAUAAAAACAAGCAAGUAUUAGACAACCCCUCUCCGAAGUUAGCUGCCUUUCACAUAUCUCUUUUUUCUCUUCCUUCCUCAGAUUUGAAGUUUUGAUUGUGAUCAAUGUUGGGAUGAAAGCAUAGGAAUUGGGGGUUUAAGUUUAUUAUGGGAGUAAUGGGUUUUGGGAGAUCUGGUGUGGAGUGGAAGAACUUGAAGAUUUGUGCUCAGGUAUAUGUUGGGUUUUUGCUGAUUUGUGUAUCAGGAUUUGCGGUUGGAUUGACUAAUCCCACUGAUGUUGCUGCGAUUAAUAGCUUAUACACUGCAUUGGGCAACCCUGUACUACCUGGGUGGAUUGCUUCUGGGGGAGACCCAUGUGCUGAAGCUUGGCAAGGCGUGCAAUGUAAUGGUUCGGACAUAAUGAGAAUAAUUCUUAACGGUGCUAAUUUGGGAGGAGAACUGAGUGAUAACUUAGGAAUAUUUGCUUCUAUCAAGACAAUAGAUCUAAGCAACAACCACAUUGGUGGCAGUAUUCCAUCCAGUUUGCCUGUUACCAUGCAAAACUUUUUUCUUUCAGACAAUCAGUUCACUGGAAGCAUACCAGAUUUACUUUCUUCUCUGACUCUGUUGACAGACAUGUCUCUAAACAACAAUCUUUUGAGUGGCGAGAUACCAGAUGCUUUUGAAGCCCUUACUGGGUUGAUCAAUCUGGAUUUGUCCAGUAACAAUUUGAGUGGGCGGCUGCCUCCUUCUAUGGAAAAUUUGUCACGUCUGACAACUUUACAUUUGCAGGCCAAUCAGAUAUCUGGAACACUUGAUGUUUUACAAGAUCUUCCUCUAAGAGAUUUGAACAUAGAGAAUAACCUUUUUUCUGGGCCCAUACCGGCAAAAAUGUUGAACAUCCCAAACUUCAGAAAUGAUGGAAAUCCAUUUAAUUCCACUGUUGCUCUGCUGCCUCCCACAUCACCAUUGUCACCACCACAUGCACAACCGGUUUCUGGGACACCACCUUCUGAACAAGUGCCAACAUCUGGAAAAGCCCCAGGGAAACAUGCAGAUGGGCCAUCUGCAAUGGACAAAUCUAGUCCUGAAGGGAAGAAGAAAACUACCAAAAGGGUGGCCUUGAUAUCAAUUGCAGUGGUGUUAUCGAUUAUAGUUCUGGCAUUAGCAUGUUUGGUUUUUAUUCCAAAGUGUUUAAGGAGGAGGGAAGAGGAUGACAAAAUUUCUAAGCAGCAUCAAGUGGGUGCAUACAGAGGCAACCGAGAGCAAUCUGGGGAUGAGGAGUCCCUGCCAACAUAUCAAAAGGAUAAAGUGCCAAAAGAGGUUACCAGACCUAAGAAUGAUGUUCAGGCAGGGAUCAGAAAAACCAGACCAAUUGCAAAGCUACAGAAUGACCAAGAGAAGAAUGUGCAAAGGAUGUCUCCUCCUCCUCCUCCAACUCCACCUCCACCUCUACUUCUCCCUCCACCACCACCACCAACCCUUGCUGAGAAGGUCAUUGUGAAACCUUCUUCUAAAACACCAAAGUUGUCUGCAUCUGCAAAGUCUUUCACAAUAGCAUCCCUUCAACAAUAUACAAACAGCUUUUCUCAAGAAAAUCUUAUAGGGGGUGGCAUGCUGGGGAAUGUUUAUAGAGCAGAACUUCCAAAUGGGAAGCUACUUGCAGUUAAGAAACUGCACAAGAAAGCUUCAAGUCAGCAAAAUGAUGUUGAGUUUAUUGAGCUGGUAAACAAUAUUUAUCGAAUUAGGCAUGCCAAUGUUGUGGAGCUGGUAGGUUACUGUGCAGAGCAUGGUCAAAGGCUUCUGAUUUAUGAGUAUUGCAGCAAGGGGUCACUCCAGGAUGCACUUCACUCAGAUGAUGAUUUCAAAAAGAAUCUUUCAUGGAAUGCCCGCAUUCGAAUUGCACUUGGAGCUGCUAGAGCCUUAGAGUAUCUGCAUGAGGUCUGCCACUCACCUGUAGUCCACAGAAAUUUCAAGGCUGCUAAUGUUCUCCUUGAUGAUGAACUUAACGUGCAUGUAUCUGAAUGUGGUUUGGCUCCAUUAAUAGCAUCAGGCUAUGUGAGUCAGUUGUCAGGAAAUCUUCUCACAGCUUUAGUCUAUGGAGCUCCCGACUUUGAGACGGGAAAUUAUACGUCCAAGAGUGAUGUUUAUAGUUUUGGAGUAGUCAUGCUUGAACUCCUAACAGGCAGAAAGUCACACGACAGCAUGAGGAACCGAGCAGAGCAAUUUCUAGUAAGAUGGGCUAUUCCCCAGCUUCAUGAUAUUGAUGCAUUGUCAAAGAUGGUUGACCCUUCUCUCAAUGGAGAAUAUCCUGCUAAAUCCUUAUCUCACUUUGCUGAUAUAAUUUCUCGUUGUGUUCAGUCCCAGCCAGAAUUCAGGCCACUCAUGUCCGAAGUUGUGCAAGAUCUUUCAGACAUGAUACGAAGGGAGCGUCAGAGUAAUGAGUCCAUUGGGGACUGAUGGCAUGUAUUAUAGUAAUAGAAUUAGUGAUAUCAGUUUGUGAAUUGUGAGUUUGCGAAGAGAUUUGAUCCAUCCGAUGUUGAGCCAGGAAGAUUCUUCUACUGUAAAGAGGCUGCGGACAGAUCCUCCUAAUAACACACCCUACUUUCAUCCCCAGCUCUUACCCAAGAAAGUUUUGAAGGUGGUAGGCUAGAAAUCUUGGCACCGAAGCACCGACAAGCCUGAUUCUUACUAUCAAUUGUGAUCAUGUAAUGGUUCAUUACAUCAUGCAACAAUAUCCUCGUUGUGGCAGAAUCAUGCUAACUUUAUUGUUUCGUAAGUGGUAAUUUUGUUACGGAUUCUUGGUAAUGAUAUUCCUUUUUGUAGGAACAUGUGACACAUCUUAUGUCUAGUUU